AUGUCAUUAAUCUCCCGCCUUCAGCGAAGGCUGCUGGGAAAACUAGACAAGCGCUCGUUGAUCUCGGUUCUUCCGGUGGUGUCGCUGCUCAUGAUCUUUGCCGGCAUCGGCUUGCUGUUCGUCUUGCCUAUGGACGGACAGUUUCGACGAACGUACAUCUCUGAGAACGCGCUGCUGCCAGGACAGGCGCAUACGUACUUUAAAGACUCGGAGGAGAAUAUUUUGCGCGCGUUUCGGGAAGAGGUGAGAAUGUUGAAGGAUGUAUCAGAGUCAGAACGCGCGGUGGUCAUCGAAAAGUGGAUCAAUGAUAUGGGAUACAAAGCAGCCAUCCACAAUUGGACCUUUUCGCACUACGACGACGAUGUAAAGUCCGGAUCGAAUGUGUACGGCGUGCUUCACGCGCCCAGAGGAGAUACAACAGAGUCAAUGAUCAUCUGCGCGCCCUGGAUCAACGGCGACGGCGAUUUCAACGAAGGCGGCGUGGCGCUCGCGGUUUCGCUCGCGCGCUAUUUUACGCGGUGGUCGGUGUGGUCUAAGGAUAUCAUUCUCGUGAUUCCGUCAGAUACGAGCUACGGACUGAGUAAGUGGGUAGAUGACUAUCAUUAUACAUCAAUGUCUGCUUCCAGUGGUGCGAUCCAGGGCGGCAUCGUCCUGGAUUUUCCAGGGGUUCACGAGCACUUUUCUCGUAUUGAGGUCAAGUACACGGGAUACAACGGCCAGCUGCCGAAUCUUGAUCUCAUAAAUACGGCCGUGUUGAUUUGCGCACACAUGAGUCUCAACGUCGUCGUCCACGGCGUCACGGGAAGUGACCACGACUACGAGAACCGUGCGAUGACGCUGUUCAAAGGAAUCUCCGAUCAAGCCUUCUCAGGCCUAUACAAGCAAGGCUACGGCAACGAGCCGUUCAGCGGCUGGCGUGUUGACGCAAUUACGCUGAAAGCCGUUAUGGAUCCGCAAUCGAUGCCGUUCACGCAGAUUGAGUUCGCAAAACUCGCCGAGUCGGUCCUGCGGUCAAUCAACAACUUGCUCGAGCAUUUUCACCAGUCGUUUUUCUUUUACCUCAUGCUUUCGCCAUGGCAGUUUGUCAGUAUUGGAACUUAUUUGCCCGCAGCUAUGCUUCUCGGGGCUAGCUAUACUAUCAAGGGCAUUUACCUGUGGAUGACGUCGACGCAGGCGGUCGCUGGACAGUCUAUGAUCGAGGCUGCGAGCGCAUUCGGACUGUUCCUGGUGGUUAUUGUGGCUAGCUCUGUGUUUCUUGCUGUGAUCAGCUGGGCACCUUCGACUAACGUUUUGACCGUCUACGCAAUUCUAGUUGUGGUCUCGGCAUUCAUGCCACUAAUAGUCAGCAAAUUGGUCGGCGUCAAGCCUAAAUCAUACGUCAACAAACUGCGAUCUUACAGCUUGAUCUACGCAGGCCUGGUGCUGACGACCUUAAGCACACUAAACUUCUCGCUUGCGCUGAUUCUCGGCCUCGCUUUCUCUCCGCUCGCACACCUCCUGUUUCUCCCCCAUGACCAGUCGCGAGGCUUUAAAUCCUCUAUCGAAUCGCUGGUGUCGUCCCUGGCAACUAUAGUGACAUGCCCAUGGGUUUGCCUGCUGGCGUACUUUAGAAUCGUUGUGCAGCCACCGACGCCGGAGCAGCUUGUGUUUCCGCGGAUUGUCACGUCGAUAUCUAUCGGCGAGCUGGAGAGUUUUCUGAUAGAGAUGUUGUGGAAAUGGAGGGCGUUGGGUGUGUGGUCGUUCGUGCCAAUUUUCUUUAUGGUGUGGAUGCCGGUGUGGUUAAGUGCGUGUAUUGCUAUUACUAUGCAGAUAUCGGAGAAAGAAAGUGCUAGCGCGAAUGGCACUGCGAAGGAGAAGGAGAAGAUUGAGGAGAAUGUGGGGAAGAAGGUUGAGAAGAAGGCCGAAAAGAAGGCUGAAAAGAAGGCCGAAAAAAAGAAACAGGUUACGAGGUCUUCGAUGAGGACGAGGAGUGCAGACAAAACUGUGAUAUAG